CAAGUUCGACGCGCGGCGCGUCGUGUGCCCGGGGACGCCGUCGCCGCGACUGUCGCCCUCCAGGUCGCUGUCGGUCAAGUGCGCGUCGCCCGUGCCCGUCGUGUCCGUGACGCCCGUGGACGGCGAGGAGAUGGUGAUCCCGGCGGACUUCCAGGAGGGCGUGGUGGUGGUGCAGGAUUCGCCGGGCACGCCGGGCCGCUUCCUGGCGCCCACGGACGAAAUCAGCUACGUGCUGCCGUCGCCCAAGCGACGCCGCCGGCCGUCCAGCGCGCCGCCCGUGCCCGUGUCGCCCGCCGCCGAGGACGACGACGAGGACGUGGCGCGCACCGUGCGCCUGGCCAUGCGCCGGCCCUCGGACCUCGGCAUCAUCCCCAUCAGCCCGCCGGGCACCGUGGGCUCCAGCCCGGGCGACGGCGACGCGGACCACAGCGACGGCAUGGACGAGCGCUUCAACAACCUCCGCAACGAACUGGUGGAGGUGCUGCAGCGCUCCAUCGACAGCGUGAAGACGCCCCACGGCUCGCUCGGCACGCCCACGCCACUGCAGACGCCUCAAGAGAAGCCUCCCCCCGCCGUGCCGCCCCCCGCCGCGCCCCCCGCCAUGCCGCCCGGGGAGCCGGAGGCCGUGAGGAGGACGUUGAACGUCCCCGAGGCCAGCCCCCGGGACUGGACGCCCUCCCCGAUGACGCCCCAGGCGCCCCGGGGGCUCAAGAGCCUGCUGCUGCAGUGUGCCUGCGCCCCCAACCUGUCGCUGCGCAGGAAGAGCCAGCCGCAGCAGAAGCCCGCCGCCACCUGGUAUGUCAAGGUUAGUAUCUACCGCAGCCUCUGCCCUUGGACCUGUUGGGACCCCACCUGGAGACUGUGGGGCGAGGAGCGAGCGGAGGGCGCCAUCUACACUGUGUACCUCAAGAAGGUCCGGUACCACCGACCCACGCGCACUAUCGCCUCCGACGCCGACGAUGGAAUCUCUCACCUGGAGUGGGAGACGGUGCGGGUGCGCUUCGUCAAGGCGGCCACGCUCGAGAAGCUGGUCGAGAGCCUGGCGACGGACGACGGCGAGCUCGAGUCCACGUACAUCAACGUCUUCCUCGCCACCUACCGCACCUUCGCCACCACCGAGACCGUCCUCAACCUGCUGCUCGACCGGUACGACACCCUGUCGAGCUCGGCGGACGACCAGGAUGACGUCAUCCUGGAGCAGCACCGCAAGACGCUGGUGCUGGCGCUGCACGUGUGGCUCGACUCGUUCCCGGAGGACUUCCGCGACCCGCCGCAGCACCCCGUCCUGCAGCAGCUCCUCAUGUUCUGCAAGCAGCACCUCCCCGACUCGGAGCUGCACGUCAAAGUGCGCUUCCGGUUCGACAAGUUUCACCGCGACGACCAGAUAAUGGACCCUUGCCAUCUGUUCGCGGGGGACUCGAUGUGCCUGUCGAACAACAAAAACACUGCUCUAGUCAACGGCGGCCUGGCUCCGAGGCUGCCGUACAACUUCCCCGACGUCCCCGAGGCCCACUUCGCGGAGCAGCUCACGCGCAUGGACAUGGAGCUGUUCCGCAAGCUGGUGCCCCACCAGUGCCUGGGCGCGGUGUGGUCGCGGCGGGACAAGAGUCGCAGCCAGGAGGCCGCCACCGUCCUGGCCACCGUGAACCAGUUCAACGCCGUGUCCUUCCGCGUCAUCAGCACCGUGCUCACCGACUCCGACCUCAAGCCCGGCGAGAGGGGCAAGAUCAUCGCCACCUGGAUCGACAUAGCUCAGGAGUUGCGAUUCCUCAAAAACUUUUCCUCUCUCAAAGCAAUUAUUUCUGGACUCCAGUCUAAUCCUGUAUAUCGAUUACAACGAACAUGGCAGACAAUUAACAAAGAAAAGGUUGCUGUUUAUGAAGAGUUGGCUCGGAUUUUUAGCGAAGAGAACAACCAAUGGGCUCAAAGGGAGCUCCUGAUGCGAGAGGGGACGGCCAAAUUCGCGGACACAGUGGGCGAGCACGACAAGCAGCUACAGAAAGUCUUUCAAAAACAGCAAAAUAAUAGUGGGAAUAUAAGUCACGGCACCAUACCUUACUUGGGCACGUUUUUAACUGACCUGACAAUGAUAGACACUGCCAUCCCAGACAUGGUCGGAGAGGGAAUGAUUAACUUUGACAAGCGUCGGAAGGAAUUCGAAGUGUUGGCACAGAUCAAGCUUCUUCAAGGGGCUGCGAACGCCUACAAUAUUCCCCACGACCCUCUGUUUGACCGCUGGUUCGACUCGGUGCUGGUCCUGGACGAUCGUGAGGCGUAUCACCUGUCCUGCCAGAUCGAACCGUCCACCAACAACGGCAACGCCGCCUCCAGCCAAGGCACUGCGUCCAGAGACGUGCGCCACAAGAGGAAACCUGGGCUCGGACACCGCAAGAAUGACUCCAUAGCCAGCACGUCCAGUAGUUCUAGCAGCCAAUUCUACUGUGACUUAGACAGCGUGCCCUCUUCGCCACACGACUCAUUAGACCGCAAGGCGUCGCCAUCGCAGAUGUCGUCUUCCUCCAGCAGCUCUUCACUGCGUUCCUUGGAUGUGUCAGUCAGCAGCAGCAACCACAGCAACAACCAGACGAGUCGCUCGCACCACCCCCACCCCCCGCACCUGAACGCACAGCUCAACCUGUCGGCCCCCCUGGACACCCCGAUGGACUUCUACAUCAUUAGGGUGACGGUGGAGCCUGAGGGGCCAGAGACGGAAGGAGUCAUCAUGUACAAAAGCAUUAUGCUCAGCAACAAUGAGAGAACUCCUCAGGUUAUUAGGAAUGCCAUGCUUAAACUGGGAAUUGAGGGUAACCCAGAUAGCUACAGUUUAUCCCAAAUAUUGCCAGACAAAGAAAUGCUUCUUCCUCCAAAUGCAAAUGUUUAUUAUGCAGUAAAUACACAAUUCAAUCUUAACUUCAUUCUCCGCAACAAGAAGAUGAAGAAGGAACCUGCUCCAGUGCCACCAUGCAGAACAAAAUCUUCCAAAAAGCUGCUCCCAGGGACAUGAUGAGCAUCUGUUUAGAUAGUUCUGUUAAUUGAGUGUUAGUAAAGUUCCCUGGUGGAACGUAAAGUCACAUUAAAAAUAGAGUGAUAGUAAAUGUACUAUGUCCCCCCCCUUUCACUAUUUAUACAGCAAUGACAACAUAGUGCCAAGAGAUUUAAGUUUAAGAAAAGGAUAUGACUGUAGUUUUCAAGAAAAGUAUUCAAAGUAAUGUUACCAGUACCUGUGUAGUUUUGGUAUUAACUUAAAUAAGUUUGAUUUGAAAAAUUGCCGAAUGAAUUGAAUUGCUGGUUGCCAAAAGUUGUGUUUAAAUGCAGGAAAACAGAUCCAGCUAUCUCUUUUCUGCUGAGAAAAUGGCAAAAAUGUGUUUUUAUAAAGCUGAUCACUGUGGAUAAACUCAAGUAUAAUAUGCUAUCUCUGGAGCGCUGCAGCACUUUCUCAGGCUUGUUUCCUGAGUGUAACCUAGUCACGUCAUAACAUUUAUUUUUAUUCCCCCCUUUUAAAAAGUGCAAUGUUGUAGUUUAAGCUUUAGACUAAGACAAAGACUAAAACUAUUUGUUCUGUGAACGUGGUGGGCCAUCAUGGACUUCAUAAUAAUUUAUAAGCAAGGAAUCUUUGAAAUGUUAAACAAAGGCUCUUCAAAAUAAAAAUAAAGUAUGGGUGAUGGCACUGAUGUCAAACAAACCACUACAAGAAAUUUAUGUGAUAAUUUCUUCCUUGAAGAUAUGUUGACCAUUUUGUUAUCAUUUAAAUGACAAAAGAAUUUCUAGGCACUAAUGUUGAUCCUUCAUAUAAUAAAGUGUAUUAUUUUGAUAGGUAGGUCUUAUUGAAGGAGUUUUCUUUUUUUAAUUUAAUGUUUAUUGUUAUCAUGUUUUGUUUAUAAUUCUGUUGGAAGGCUAAAAGUCUUAUUGUUUUGUUACUUAUGUUGCAAUUUAGUGUAAGCCUAAAACUUGUUACAAUAUGUAAAAGUGAAUGAUCUGCUCUUACUUUGUAUGGUUACUAUCUAUUUUUAAUUAUAAAUAUCAUUGUAAUGUGUAUCUCUCAUUCCUCAUCUGUCUCUCACAAAUAAACUCCAAUGGAAAAGAAAACCCUGA